AUGAGCGGUCUGUGUGGCAGGGCCAAGCUGCUCAGUGUGGCAUGGUCGCAGCUGACUUUCAAACACAACUACAAGGAUCAGCAGAAAAGAGACAGACUAAUUCAAGCCCUUGGGAAAUAUAAGAAGGAUCUUGUACAUGGUCUUCCUGCCUCACCGUUCAACUCCAGAAGUGUUUCUCCAAGCCAGCAGAAGGCAAGGUGGUCACUGUUGGAAAAUGGUCACCUAUACUUGAAGUCUGGUCGGAACAACUGUUCCAGUACAAAGGCAGAGCAGCCCCGCUCUGUAUCUUUUCAGAAGCUCACUUCAAGGACUCCGAUACCAGCUCCGGCUGCAAGAAAGACUAUCCAAAAUACUGCUCAGCAUGCUUUGUCUCAGACUCGUGUUCAGAACUCUAGUAGAGACAGAUCAUCUGCUUCACCACUUCUGCAGUCUCGCAUGCAUUUAGGCAGUUGCAACAGGAAGAAGACAUUUCAAAACUCUUUCAACAAAACAUACUGUGGGGACCUCCUUGACAAACAUUCAAUUUACUUCACAGAAAAGAAGCAACGUUUUAUCCCUCAAAUCUUAAAGACAUCACGCCAAUCUUUUCUUGUAAAACAUAGGUAUUCUAAUCCUCCUCCCCCAAAAAAGAUCUCCUCCCCUGGCAGACCAUUACUUAAAUCAGUAGACGUCAAUAAUGAAAAGAAAAGAUUGUUGCACAGGUACUUACUCAGUUUGUUUAUACCUCAGUGCUAA